AGGUGGAGGUGGUCCUUGCUAGUUAUUGUUGAAGUGGAAGGAGAAACCAAGUUGGACCAACCAUCCCCAGGACCUUUCUCAGGGAGCCUGCCAGUCAACCACAGGCCACUCCCCUUUCCUCUCUCCAGUGGAGACCAGCCUGCCUUGAUGUCAUCAAUCCAGACACAAAGACCACAUCCAGGACCCAAAGUUCUUCCCCAGGUUCCCUCAGCUGUCUCAAAGCUUCUCCCACCUCUUGCAUUUAAUCACACAGUUGGACACAUAAUACUUUCUGAGCAUAAAGAUGUCAAGUUUAAUUGCUCAAUCAAUAUACCUAGUAUAUACCUGGAACCUACUGGUAUUUUUUGGUGGAAAGACGGGAAGGAACUACUUGGGGCACAUCAUUCCAUUACACAGUUUUAUCCUGAUGAUGAAGGGACAUCAAUCAUAUCAUCCUUCAGCAUAACCAGUGUGCAGCGCUCGGACAAUGGGUCAUAUAUCUGUAAGACCAAAGUAAACAAUGAAGAGAUUGUGUCUGACCCCAUCUAUGUCGAAGUUCAAGGCCUGCCUCACUGUGACAGAGUGAGGGAAGAGGUGACAUUGUCCAGAAACACAUCAUUCAACUUACUUGUCAAGAUUAUUCUGCCUCCUGAGCCCAAGGCUGCCUUAUUUUGGAUAACCCACAGGCUUCUGGUAGAAAGCAGCCUGUUCCUUUUCUGUGGGUCUUACGGGUGUCCUUCUACUCCAGGUCUGACAGAGACGGCCGUCUUCAGUUGUGAGGCCCACAAUGAUAAAGGGCUGACUGUGUCUAAAGGCGUGCAGGUCAACAUCAAAGCAAUUCCCUCUCCACCAACUGAAGUCUUCAUCCACAACAGUACAGCACAUAGCAUUCUGAUCUCCUGGGUCCCGGGGUUUGAUGGCUACUCUCCAUUUAAGAACUGCAGCAUUCAGGUGAAGGAAGUAGAUCCACUGAGUAAUGGCUCAGUCAUGGUUUUUAACACCUCAGCCUCACCACAUCUGUAUCACAUCCAGCAGCUGCAGGCCCUGGCUAACUACAGCAUUGGGAUGUCCUGUAUGAAUGAAAUAGGCUGGUCUGCAGUGAGCCCUUGGAUUCCUGCCAGCACAACUGAAGGAGCUCCAUCAACUGCACCUUUAAAUGUCACGGUGUUUCUGAAUGAAUCUAGUAAUAAAGUGGCUGUCAGCUGGAUGAAGCCCCCAAUUAAGCGUCAGAAUGGGGAACUGAUGGGCUACCGGAUCUCUCACAUCUGGCAGAAUGUGGGCACCUCUAAAGAGCUCUCUCAAGAAGUUGGUGAGAAUGACAUCCAGGCUCAAAUUUCUGUUCAAGUCUAUAAUGCCACAUGCACAGUGAGAAUUGCAGCCAUCACCAAAGGGGGAAUUGGGCCUUUCAGUGAGCCAGUGACAGUAUUUAUCCCUGCACCAGGUGGGGUCGAUUAUGCUCCCUCCUCAACUCCAGCUCCUGGCAACACAGAGCCUGUGCUGAUUAUCCUCGGCUGCUUUUGUGGAAUUGUGUUGAUUGCCUUAGUUUUAUAUAUUUCUCUGGCUAUCAGAAAAAGAAUCCUGGAGACAAAAUUUGGGAGCGCAUUCACAGAAGAGGAUUCUGAGUUAGUCGUGAAUUAUAUAGCAAAGAAAUCCUUCAGUCGGCGAGCCAUCGAACUCACCUUACAUAGCUUGGGAGUCAGUGAGGAACUGAAAAAUAAACUAGAAGAUGUUGUGAUUGACAGAAAUCUUCUAAUUCUUGGAAAAAUUCUUGGUGAAGGAGAAUUUGGGUCUGUGAUGGAAGGAAAUCUGAAGCAAGAAGAUGGGACCUCUCAGAAAGUGGCUGUGAAGACCAUGAAGUUGGACAAUUUUUCUCAGCGGGAGAUUGAGGAGUUUCUCAGUGAGGCAGCGUGCAUGAAAGACUUCAACCACCCAAACGUCAUCCGACUUCUAGGCGUGUGUAUAGAAAUGAGCUCUCAAGGCAUCCCGAAGCCCAUGGUGAUUUUGCCCUUCAUGAAGUAUGGGGACUUACAUACCUACUUACUAUAUUCCAGAUUGGAGACAGGGCCAAAGCACAUUCCGCUGCAGACAUUACUCAAGUUCAUGGUGGACAUUGCCCUGGGAAUGGAGUAUCUGAGCAACAGGAAUUUUCUCCAUCGGGAUUUAGCUGCUCGGAACUGCAUGUUGCGAGAUGACAUGACUGUGUGUGUGGCAGACUUUGGCCUCUCCAAGAAGAUUUACAGUGGCGAUUACUACCGCCAAGGCCGCAUUGCUAAGAUGCCUGUGAAGUGGAUCGCCAUAGAGAGCCUUGCAGACCGGGUCUACACAAGUAAAAGUGAUGUGUGGGCAUUUGGCGUGACCAUGUGGGAAAUCACAACACGGGGAAUGACUCCCUAUCCUGGAGUCCAGAACCAUGAAAUGUAUGACUAUCUUCUGCAUGGCCACAGGCUGAAGCAGCCUGAGGACUGCCUGGAUGAACUGUAUGAGAUCAUGUACUCUUGCUGGAGCACCGAUCCCUUGGACAGACCUACCUUUUCUAUGCUGAGACUGCAGCUAGAAAAACUCUUGGAAAGUCUGCCUGAUGUGGAGGACCAAGCGGCCAUCAUCUACAUCAACACACAGCCUCUAGAGAAUGAUGAGGGCACUGCCGAGGGGCCGGCACUUGCUCAUCUGGACAUGAACAUUGAUCCUCACUCCAUCAUUGCUUCUUGCACUCCGAGUGGAACUAUUAGCGUGGUCACAGCAGAAGUUCAUGAGAGCAAAGCUCAAGAAGAAAGGUACAUCAUGAACGGGGGCAGUGAGGAAUGGGAAGAUCUGGCUUCUGCUUCCCCUGCUGUGCUUGUGGCUGGAAAGGACAGUGUUUUAUCAGAAGACAGACCUGUGAGGAAUGGGGUUUCCUGGUCACACUGUAGCACACUGCCCUUGGGGAGCUCAUCAGAGGACAAAUUUUUGUUUGCUGAUGACUCCUCAGAAGACUCAGAGGUCCCAAUGUAAGACAUUGUUGCCUGUCACCAAGUUGAGAGGAGACAUUGCAAAACCAAGUGAAUUCUCCUUUUUGAGUAGACUUCAGUUGUGCCUCAAGUGCCUGGUAUUUGUUGGUUUCUUUGUAUUGUUUUUAACCAAGUAAACUCCAUGAUCGAGACCACCCGAUGAAUGUUGCCAAGUAAGUCUUCUUCAGAAAUAAUGUAAGAGGAAGCUGGGAAUAGUGGUAUAUUGCUGUAAUCACAGCACGCUGGAGUAUCUGGCAGGAAGAUUUGCAAGGUCUAAGCCCACUUGAGCUACAUGACUAGAACCCAUCUCAGAAAACAACACAUAAUAGGACUAGGGGCAUGGCUCAAUGGGAGAACACAAGCUUAAUGUGUGUGAGGUCUGUGUUCCAUCCCCAGCACCACAAGAAAUAAAAAUAUAUAAUAUAUAUUUAUUUAAAGAGAAAAAAAUAUAUGUAUAUA